AUGGCAAAGCACAUCUGCUGCACUGGCGGGGCGGGCUACAUCGGCUCACACACGGUUGUGAAGCUGAUCGAGUCCGGCUACAAUGUGUCCAUCAUGGACAGCUUGAUUAAUGCCAGUGAGAAGGUGGUGCCGAGAAUCAACGAGCUGACCGGGAAGGAGAUCCCAUUCUUCAAGGUGGACAUGUGCGACGCGGAGGCCGUGGACAAGCUCUUUGCGGAGCAGAAGUUUGACGGCGUGAUUCAUUUUGCUGGGCUGAAGGACCCUGUCAAGACGGGCAAGCAUGAUGGGAGGCACAGGCAUUGCAGCCUGCUUUCUGCGGACUUGAGACUCUGGCGGAUGCGGUUGGCUGCUUUGCUCAUCUUUUCCAUCGCGCAGGUGACGGGGUCUGAGCUCCUAGCUCUCUCUGUGAGCUCCCCCUCGCCAGGCGUCGUGGAUGUGCUCUGGGGCGCCGCCGCAGUGUCGGCUGGCGCCUCCGGGGCAUCGGAGUCCAGCUGCCUUGAGCUGGACGCCUGGAUUCUCACCGUCACAGAGCAGGGAGGCAGCCCCGCAACCGUGGAUGUGGGUGCGAGUUGCACCCCCUCGACGACGGCAGUGACAGGCCAUUCUUGCCAACUCGCUCUGGCCAGUAACACUUACUUCGACAUUGAGGUGCUUGAGAGCUGCUUCAUUGAGGCGACGAACUUCUCGAAUGCCUCGACUUAUUCCAACUCCUCGGAGGCAUCCCAGGCGACCGUCUUCGUGAUGGCCCAGACUGCUAGUGCUCCGAACAUUGUGGUUUCGGAUGUUGGCGAAACAUCCAUGACUGUCUCGUGGUCCUCUGCUGGGGAUGGCGACUGCGUCUUUUCAAAUUGGCAGGCUGAUUGGCAAGUCUACGGCGCGAACAGCUGGGCGUCAGUGGAGAGCGGCUCCGGGACGUCCGUGACCAUGACGGGCCUGGAUGCCAGCACCGCCUACGAGUUGCGCGUGAUGCAGGUUUGCACCGAGACGGCGCUGAACUCUGCGUAUUCGCAAACCACUGAAGGGCUGCUCACCCUUCCUGGUACUUUCAACGUCUAUGUGGGCACAAGCUCGGACACAAGAGUUAUUGAACUCAGCUACGGCGCGUCCCGGUGCCGAGUGAUCAAGGAGUGCUGCGGAGAUCAGUGGACGGUUUGCCACAGUGGCGACGACAGAAAGACAGUGACCUUGAGCCGCAUGGAAGUGACCGGUGGUUGGGGCCAGCAGGUCUGGCUGCAGUGCACAGCGCUGUCGGUGGCCAGCUUCACCUCCUUUGCGGAGGUGCAAGCGCCGGCACCCCUGUGGCUGGAGUUCCACGAGGCCACCAGGACGACCAUGCUGGCCAAGUACCGCCUAGGCUACAUCAUCGACGAGAGCUCCACUUGUGACUGUGCCACUUUGUCUUUGGAGCUCAGCGCUGACGGCUCGGGCGUGUGGGACCAGUUCCGCGGCAAGGACGACAGCUGUACUCUGAAAGGUACUAGGGAGUGCUACCUCAUCGAUGCGAUGCCAGACACCAAGUACUUGGGACGAAUGAAGAUGUCCUGUGAGAAUGCGUCAGUGGACAGCGAGUACACGUACACGCAGGACUACAUCAUCACUCCGCCUGGCUGCACAUGGUCGACCCACACGGGCCAGUGGGGCCAGGGCACAAUGUUCGAGUGCGUCGACGGAACCUUCUGCAGCGAGAGCGACCCCUCCUGCUGCAUAGCUCAUGGCGGUAGAAUUCGGUGUCCAGCGAGCACGCCCUUCAUGUGCCACAACACCAACGACUGCGCCGACUCCCAGGAGCGCUGCUGCAUGGCAUCGGAGGAGGAGUGCCAGGGCCACGGUGGCCUGCGGUCCUGUGAGGUGCCAGCGAAGAGCCCGCUGAUGACCCAAGUGGAGUCGCUGGGGCCGGUGGCCCCAGGUUGGAGGCACCAUUUGGCGAUUUUAGGCAACCAGGAUGACGCCAUGAGGCCAGCCUCCAUCACGGUCUCCUGGCAGCCGCAAGAGUGCCCCAGGGUCGGCCGUCGGUCCCGAGGGGCCAGUCAAUCACCCGCGCCGCGGACUCGACAGAUCGGGUUCUCGAGCUGCACCUUCCUGGAGUGGACUUGGAUGCAUGAAUGCAAUGCCAAGAACUUCGACCAGCAGAGCUGCACCAUCGAGAAUCUUGAGAGCUUGACAGACUACAACGUCCAGGUUUGGCAGCACUGCACCAAUGACGAGCUCAACUCUUACCCGGCCAGCACCUCCACGCCCGUGGGUACGCGGCCGAUUCCCGCAGUAGCUCCAUCGGCCUUGUUCUGCACUCAAAUGGAGCCUCUUCGCUUCUACGCGGAUUGGUGGGCCAGCGCCAGCGAGGACUGCGAGUUCGUGAGCUGGGAGCUGGACGCGCAGCUGCUGCCCAGGACUGCGGGCUUUACUGCGGAUGGCCUCUAUGAAGAGGCGGCGCCUGGAGGAGACUGGGUCACCAAGUGCACGCUGUACGACCGGACUGGACUGGACUGCUGGGUGGAGGAUUUGCUCGCCAACCGUGAGUACAAAAUCAGGGUGCGGGAGACCUGCACGAACCCCUUGGCCAACAGCCCCUUCUUCCAGAGGUACCAAGAGUGCACCACGCUGACGAUGCCGGCCUUCGAGCCUUUCGACCUGGCGGCCUACAACAUGGGCCUCUACACCUUCGAGGUGAGCUGGCUUCCCAAUGACCCGAAGGCGUGUAUUUUCCAGUACUGGGACGUGCAGGUGAAGGUGAAUGGGACCGCCUGGCCGGAGGGUGAUGACCCGCCUGUCUUCGGGUGCCGCCUCUUGGAUCGAGGCACCACCAACUGCACGGUUCAUGUCGGGCUCAACAGCGGGGAGUCUUUCGAGUGGCGCAUCCGUGAGGCGUGCACGGUUCGACGGCUGUUCAGCAACUGGGUCUAUUACCCGGGCGUUGCGGGCACGCGGCUGCCUGUUCCUGCAUCUCAGCCGGCGAAUCUGACGGCAAUUUCAAACUCCCCAAGCCACGAUGUCGCCUACACCUCGCUGGAUGUGUCAUGGGACGCUCUUCCUCCUGGAGAGUGCAUCUUCACCGGUUGGAAGGUGGAGACCAGCAUCCUCGGUCAAGCUAUCUGGCAGGAGUCUGCCGAGUGCCGUGCCAAUUCCCGGGAGCCCUUCGAGUGCAUUAUCACCACGGGCUUGUUCAGCAACGUCUACUACGACAUGCAGAUUUCCGAGACCUGCGUGGAUCCGAACGCGGAGGGCCCGACGCUCGCCAUCUCCAACAUCGCGCGCACGCGCCCGGUGCCAGCGGUGGCGCCGGUGCUGGUCUCCGUGUCUGCCACCAGCGCGCGCUCGCUGGGGGUUAACUUCAUCGCGCCAUCCAUGGGGCAGUGUGUCUUCAAGGCCUACAAGAUGGAGUGGAUGAUGCAGGGCUGGGACUACUGGUUGCCGUACGACGACUGCACUCGGACCUCCCUGUGCUCAGUGGGGAACUUCCCCGCAAGCCAGAGCUACUACACGGUCCGAAUGAUGGUCUCCUGCGAAGAUUCCCUGGCUGACAGUCCGUGGGUGGAGUGGCCGGACUUCGUGCAGACCUGGCCGGAGCCGGCGCAGGCGCCCACCAACUUCACCUUGGUGGAGCUCACGGCCUACAACGUGACCUUCACCUUCGAGCCCGGGCUGGGGCUGGACUGCACCUGGGCCUCAUGGAAGGUCCAGAUCCUGCAGGGCAUUUCCGAUCCGACGUCGGAGCAUUGGACAGACCUCACGGAGUGUGAGAAUGAGAUGCAGUUCCGGGAGAACUUGACCUGCACCGUGACGGGCCUCCUGAGCAACACUCCGUACCAGGUGAGGGUCAGGGAGACCUGCACGAACUACAUCUACGACAGCGGCUGGGGCUACUCGCCCCAGUUCUACUCCUCCAUGCCCGUGCAAGCGGGGCUGCCACAGGCCUUCGCUGUGGUGGAGAACUCGGUGACUGCCUUCUUCUUCGACGUGACCUGGGUGGCUGGGCCGGCAGGGCAGUGCGUGUUCAAAGAGUGGGUCAUGGAGGUCUACCAGAGCUCCCCUGAGAUGGGGGACUGGGCCCUGCCGCCCUUGGUCCAGCUGCUGGAUGACAGCCAGACAUGGGUGGAGCACAAGUGCCUGGCCAGCCGGGCGGCCCCUCUGUGCCGGCCUGGGGACCUGCCCCGGUCGCUGAAGCAAAACUCCACCUACGCAGUGCGUGUCAAGGAAAGCUGCACUGACCCCAAUGCGGAUGGCGACUUCGUAAUGCUCGAUUUCAAUGUGACUACCUCCAUCGCCCUGGAGCCGGCGGAAGCACCGGACAACCUCACCAUCAGCAAUGAGACCGCCUACACCUUCCUGCUCGAGUUUGAUGCUGGCGCUCCACAUGAUUGCUACUUUACGGGCUGGCACGUGGAGAUCCGAGAGAACUGGACGGAGGGGAACUACAGCAACGAAACCAACUUCACGGAGCUGAAUUAUUCCCUGUGGGUGCCUCGAGAAGAAUGUAAGGAGGAGGACAUAUUCCCGCGCGAUCGAAUGCGCUGUAUCGUGCCCCGACUGCGCAAGCACUCUCUGUACGAUGCGAAGGUGCGGGAGACCUGCUACGAGGGCUACACGGAGGCGCUGGACAGCGGCUUCAGCCCCGACUUGCCUGACCGGCAGGCGGAGACGCAGGUGCCUGAAGCUGCUACCACGCCCUUCGGCCUUGCUGCGUCUUCGCCUGGCCCCUACGGCUUCAGCUUGCACUGGUCUGCGGGCGACCCCAAGGACUGCCUUUACGAGAAGUGGCUGGUGGAGAUCAAGGACGAGAACUACACAGGUGGCCAGUGGCUUGAGGCCAUCGAAUGCGGGCGGGAGCCCCGCGAGACCACCAGCUGCACCAUCACCAUGCUCCACGAGGGCUACUUGGGGGAAGAGGCACACCUGCGCAGCGACACCGAGUACGGAGUGAGGGUCACGGAGUUCUGCGAGACCUACACUUCCAUCUACGAGCCCUGGGGCGGCUCUCGCGAACGUGCGGCGUACCUGGACAGUCCCAUCUACUACCUUCCCACAGAUUCUUUGCCCAGGACCCUGGUGCCGGUGCCGACUUUGACACCGACGAACUUCCAAGUCUUCGACAUCGAUCACCAGACCUUCCGGCUGAGCUGGGAGGCGCCGGUCUCCAACGACUGCCGCUUCCGGAACUGGACCGUGGAGAUCCGGCUCAUCAUUCACUGCGUGUCCGGCAACGGGUACACCAAUUGCACGGCGGUGGAAGACCAGCCUUGGACAGUGCCCUCCAGCUGCGUCAUCGAGGACCGCUCCAUCACUACUUGCCAGGUGCAUGAUGUCAUGAGCUAUGCCUUCUAUGACGUUCGGAUGCGCGAACGCUGCAGCGAUGCCACUGCGGAGAGUGGCGACGCUUCCCUGGUGGCGGAAAUUUGGCCCUUCCUGGCAGACACCCCGGAGAACAUGACCGUCACCUCCCCGGGACCUUUCACGUUGAACGUGAAGUGGGACCCCGGACUAGCGGAGGAGUGCGUCUUCAGCCACUGGGAUGUGCAGGUUCAGGUGCGGCGAUUUGGGGACCUCGAAGACCGGUUCUCACGGGCCUCGGUCUCUGAGAAGUGGUACGGCGAGAUACUGGACCUGGUGAACGAUUCGGCAUACUUGAAUUGGAGCUCGACCGUGGCCUCCUGCCGCUUGGAGGGCCAGCGGGAGGUGGCGGAGUGCAACAUCAGCAGCCUCGUCAGCAACGCUCUAUAUGACGUUCGCAUUGCCGAGCGCUGCGUGGACUCGCGGGCAGAUAGCUACUGGCUGGUGAAGCGCUUGCAAGCCACGAUCCCUGCCUGGGCUGAAACGCCCCUGGGGCCCAACGUGAGCAACGUGUCCACCACCUUCGUGGACCUUGAGUGGGCGGCGAGCGAGCCCCGGGACUGCCUCUUCAGCUCCUGGAAGGUCGAGGUCAAGCCGGUGGCCAUCAUUGACGACGACUGGAUCCCGGUCCCCGAGUGCUCUUUGCCGGAUCGCGGGGCCACCUCCUGCAGCAUUGUUGGGCUGCAGAGUUACACCAGCUACGACCUGCGCAUUCAGGAGACUUGUAUUCACAACACCAGCGAUAGUCCAUAUCUCCUCGACGUCAACUCCUUCACCACGGAGGUUGGCCAGGUGGUCUAUGUGGGCACGAACCCGGACACCAACUCCAAAGCCAUCUACUUCGGCUCCCAGGGUCUGAAUGCCUGCGCCUACCACACCAAGUGCUGCCGCGACGAGUUCUCGCUUUGCUACUCGACGGAUCAGGUGGACGUGAUCCGGACAGACUUGACAGAUGCUGGCUGGGGUCAGGACUUGUACUUGUCCUGCGUAGCAGACGCGGUGUCCCAGGACCAGAUGAAGCGAAUCGUGGCGCGGCCGCCGGCGACGUUGGAAGCGGUGGGUCGCACUGCGAAUUCCCUUGCCUUGGUGUGGCUGCCCUAUGGAUCAGGAGGGUACAUGAGCGACUGCUACUGCUCUGUCUGGAACAUCUUCAUGCGGCGCAAAGGCACUACCGAGUGGCUGCUUUCGCCCGACUGCAACAACAUGCCCUUCGCGCAGAGCAGCUGCACCGCGCAGACCCUGGAGGGCAACUGGCUGUUUCCCAACACCGUCUACGAGAUCCGCGUGCGGCAAACUUGCAGCUUUGAUCGCUUGAGCAGUCCCUAUGAGGAGAUUGAGGUGUCGACUCUGCCCGGCUGCACCUUCUCUCAGCACAGCGGCAGGGACGACUACUUCGUUUGUGCGGACGGCUUUGAGAGCAACAUCUUUGAGGGUGGCCGCUUCGAUGGCGACGGCAUCGGCUGCUGGCGUCGUGGUGGCCGAGCCGUGUGUGCCAAGAACUUCCCGUACAUGUGCGCAAGCCCGGACAGUUGUGCAAAGGUGACCAGCACGCUUGAGGGCGGCGUCCGAGCGGACCACUGCUGCAUGUCGGAACCCUGCGGCACCCGGAACGGGGGUGACCGGGAGUGCAUCGUGCGGCCACUGGCACCGUCCGACAUUGUGGUGACCUCCAGCACGCCGGAUUCCUUGACCAUCGAUUGGAAGGAGCAGGACUUCGUUGACACCACCUACUAUCCCUGCACCUUUCGGCGCUGGCAAGUGGACCUGAGCGAAUACUACUUCGAGCACUGGAGUUCGGAGUGGAGGGCUGCGCCCGAGUGCUACCUUGGGGACCGCAGGACCACAGUCUGCACAGUGACAGGCCUGCCAAGCAAUGCCAGGUUCCAGGUGCGAAUCAGGGAGGUUUGCGAUGAUGAGACCCUCAACGGCGACUACGAGCAGUACCCCACACUGGCACAGGUGAACCCGCUGCCGGCCGGUCCGGUCUCGGACGUCACGGCGCAAAGGGAGGUGUUUUGGCUGCUCGUCCAGUGGACUGCGGGCAGCCUCAACGACUGCGUUCACUUGGCGUGGCGGAUAAUGGCGACUUCAGGUGCAGAGUCCCACGUGUUCACCACCGAGGGCCAAGCCAGGGAGAACUCCUUCGUCAACAUGACUGGACUCACGGAUGGCACCAUCUACCAGGUCUCUGUCCAGGAGACGUGCGAAAACACCCUGGCCGACAGCGAGGUGGUCUCUGCCAGCAUCUCCACGCGACCCGAAGCGGCGGGCACACCGCUGCAGCCUUUGGUGAUGGCGGCUGGCCCAUAUUGGCUCUACGUGGAGUGGCAGCCCGGCCAGAAGGGGAAAUGCGACUUCCUCUACUGGGAUGUGGAGGCUCGCAAAACAGGUACCGAGCUGUGGCAGGAGUCACCACUUUGCACCGAGCGAAGUGAGAGCACACCCAGCUGCAACAUCACAGAGACCUUCUCCUGCUACAAGAACAAGUUCUACACCGGCUUCUACAGUGUGUGCAUUCCCGGCGUGGAGUGCCCCAUGACCAACGUCGCCACUGCCAAUGACUGCAAGGUCGCCUGCAGCAACCAGUCCGCCUGCCGGGCCCUGCGCUUCCAGGCAGCGUACAAUUACUGCUGGUUGGUGGACAGCAGCUACAACCAGCUGGAUGACGAUCCGCUGCAUGAGACUACAGGCUGUGCCCGACACCUGGGCCUGGAGAGCCUCACUGGGUACGAGCUCGAGGUGGCGCAGCGGUGCACCGAUCCUGAGGCGGACAGUGGUUGGGCAGUAGUGCUGGCUGGUGACGCGCCGAACCACACCACCAUUGCACCUGCUACACAGCCAGAGAACGUGGCGGUGCAGAGCGUGGCUGGCCGCAAUAUCAGGCUUACCUUUACCCCUGGCGCCUUGCGGGACUACAUGCCGAUCCGUGCGGACGGGCUGCGGUACGAGAUGGAUGACAGCACCGACUGCGAGUUCGUCCAUUGGGAGUUCCAAGUCAUGCUGAACCAGAGCGAGGCUCCUUCGAAUGGUCCAGCGCCCUGCUGGCAAUACCCCAUGGUCUGUGACCAGGUGUGGCACACAGUGCCCAGCAGCUGUGCGAGCAGUCUCCGCGAGACCGAGUGGUGUGAACUGCACGUCAUAUGGAGCGACGAGCUUUACCAGCUACGCAUGCGCGAGGACUGCGUGGAUCCUACAGCGGAUUCUCCCUUCACCGUGGAGCCCAUAUGGGUUGUGUCUGCGCAAGCCGAGGAUGCCUUGGAAUCCAGCGAUCUCGAGAGCGCCAACGAGAGCGUCCUCUGCUUGCCAGCGGUGCGCGCCCCUGCGCAGUGCCUGCUGCAGGGGUUGGUCUCCAACACCACCUAUUACGUCCGCAUUUGCGAGUCUUGCGCGGACUCGGAGGCAGAGGCCUGCGGAGACGCCUCCGACACAACGUGGAUGCAGUCGCCUUCUUCCCCCGGGAGCGUCCAGUUACAAUACAGAGCGCGCAGCCUCGCGAUGGUGAGCUUCAUGUCUCCGACGGAGCCUGGCAACUGCCUCAGCGAAGGAUGGGCUUUGGAGUACUUGAACGAGACCGAGCAGACCUGGCACCCCUUGGACACAUGCCCUCGUGCGCCCGGUGUAGUCUUGCAGCAGUGCUCUGUUGACAUCCACAGCCUGGUGCCGGAGUAUGAGUAUUGGCUGCGAGUCCGCGAGGUGUGCCUCGGUCUGAGCGCGCCCUCCGUAAGCUUCUUCCUGCCAGCACUCGAGGUCACAACCACUGAGCCUGUCGCCAUGGACCUUGAAUCUAACGUGUCCAACAUGAGCAAUGAGAGUGAGAUGGAGGACAUGUGGGAGCUGGAUGGAGAAGAGAACUACAGCAAUGCCAGCGCCAAUGCCAGCUUCAGCAGCUUCGCCAGCUACGCUAGCUACGCCGGCAAUGCCAGCAACGCCGGCAACGCCGGCAACGCCAGCAACGCCAGCAACGCCAGCGCCGACAACGAGGACGAUGAAGCUAAUGAGUCCUUUGAGAACUGGUCCAAUAGCAGCAACGCGAGCUCGGUGGUAGAUGAGAAUACGCAGGAGAUGCAGUCGAUGGCGGAGACGCGCUCGUCAUGUUCAGGUACCUGCGUCUGGACGCUGGGUCCUUGGAGCGCCUGCUCCAGCGGGUGCGGGGAGGGCCUGCAGAGCCGAGAGGUCCACUGCCCCAGCAGCUCCCUGGAGGACUGCCCCAAGCCAGUGCCGGAGAGCACCGUGGCCUGCACGUCGACCGCCGAGUGCAGCUGGGUGUCGUCUUGGGGUGAAUGCAGCGCCACGUGUGGCGCCGGUGUGCAAGUCCAGCAAUGGAGCUGCCCCAGCGGCAGCGCCUCGGACUGCGGCACUGCGCCGGCUUCUUCGGAGCAGAGCUGCUACGCGACUAUAGGCUGCGAGUGGCUCGCAUCUGACUGGACAGCCUGCAGCGUGCAGUGUGGCUUUGGAACAAGGGAGCGCACUGUGACCUGCUCUUCUGGUGUGGAGGCGGACUGCGCCGGGGCGCGCCCGGAUUCCACGGAGGUGUGCCACGAGGUGUCGGAGUGCAACUGGGCGGCGGGCGCGUGGGGCGCCUGCAGCAGCUCCUGCGGCGACGGCUUCCGCGCGCGGGAGGUGAGCUGCUCCUCAGGCGCCGCCAGCGACUGUGCGGCGCUGGAAGUGCCUGCGUCCGCCGAGCCCUGCCGAGAGGUGCGCGGACAGGGUGACAGGAGUCCUUGAGACCAAUGCUGGCCGUUUGCAGCUGGUGCUUCGCAAGCGUGACAUGCGGAUGCUGCAGCAGUGUUUC